AUGCGCUUUGGUCUUUUCCGGCUGUCGCGUGAACAGAAAAGCCAGGUUGUGUCCGAUUUUAUUGUUGAACAUAUUGUUUAUUCAUUUACAUUCAAAUGACUAUGACCGACGGGCAAGUGAGUGAAGUGCCCAAGUUUGUGGCACCCGUAAUUCAGGACAACCCCACGGGAUGGGGUCCUUGCGAAAUGCCUGAUCAGUUCAGAGACAUGCCCUACCAGCCCUUCAGCAAAGGAGAUCGUCUCGGCAAAAUAAGCGACUGGACCGGGGCUGCCUUCCAAGACAAAAAAUACGCCAACAAGUACGCGUCGCAGUUCGGAUCUGGUAGUCAGUACGCUUACUAUCAUGAUGAAGAUGAAAGCACUUUCCACUUGGUUGAUACAACACGGGUGCAGAAGCCACCCUAUCAACGAGGCAGAUUCCGGGCCAACCAACGCAACUUGCGAGGGCGUGGAGGCCGUUCAGGAGUGCAAGGGGGAGGUAUGCAGUCGCUUGGAAAGGGAGUUAAAGCGCGCGAUACGUACAAGAGGAGUCAAGUUAAAAAAUGGGGACAAGGAAGGCCUCAAAUUAAAAUUCGGGAUGCAUCAGUUACUGUCAGACCAGAUUGGGUUACUAUUGAAGAAAUGGAUUUUCCUCGUUUGGGAAAAUUGUCAUUGCCAAGUAUCAAAGAUGGUGACGAUACAAUCUGUUGUGGUGAACUAGAGUAUUACGAUAAAUCAUAUGAUCGUGUUAAUGUGAAGAACGAAAAGCCGCUGCAGAGCGUUAAUCGCAUUUUCCACACGGUUACAACUACUGACGAUCCUAUUAUUCGUAAACUGAGUAAAACUGAAGGGAAUGUGUUCACAACUGAUGCUAUUCUUGCAACUAUAAUGUGUUGCACCCGGUCGAAUUACUCCUGGGAUAUUGUUAUCGAAAAAAUUGGCGAUAAGUUGUUCUUUGAUAAGAGAGACAACACCGAAUUUGAUUUAUUAACCGUUAACGAAACUUCCGUUGAACCACCACAGGAUGAUGGCAAUUCGCUAAAUUCCCCACGGAAUUUAGCCCUGGAGGCCACUUUCAUCAACCACAAUUUUAGCCAACAGGUUUUGAGAACGGGAACCGGAGAACCUCGCUACAAAUUUGAUAACCCCAAUCCUUUCAUUUCUGAGGAAGAAGAAGGUGAAGUGGCUAGUGUAGCAUACAGAUAUAGAAAAUGGGAUUUGGGAGGUGGAAUUGUUCUUGUUGUUCGUUGUGAGCACGAUGCAGUCGUUCAGUCACCGAAUGGAGAACUACAAUUUCUCACUAUCAAAGCCUUGAAUGAGUGGGACUCUAAACUGGCCAAUGGCGUUGAGUGGCGUCAAAAAUUGGACACUCAACGAGGUGCGGUAUUGGCUAAUGAGCUGCGUAAUAAUGCCUGCAAGUUAGCGAAGUGGACAGUGCAGGCAUUGUUGGCAGGAAGCGACCAAAUUAAAUUUGGUUACGUUUCGCGUGCUCACGUACGUGAUAAUAGUAAGCAUGUAAUCUUGGGAACACAACAGUAUAAGCCACAUGAGUUUGCAACUCAGAUUAAUUUGAAUAUGGAUAAUGCCUGGGGCAUUUUACGUUGCAUUGUUGACAUCGUGAUGAAGCAGAAAGAUGGAAAGUAUUUGAUUAUGAAAGAUCCAAAUAAGCCCAUGAUUCGUCUGUACGAUAUACCAGAUAAUACAUUUGAAUCUGAUGGAGAAUCUGAAUCCGAAGAUGACGUUGCUCCAGAUUCUGUUACUUUCCAGACUUUGUAUCCCUAUGCAAACACCUCGAAACGUUAGACUUUUUUUUGUAAUUUUCUAUCAUAUGUGCUACCAGUUUAGGAAAGGCUAAUAAAUAUGUAUCAGAUA